AUGAAGAUUUCGAAUCACACCUUUCUGGUUUCCGGCGGCGCCUCGGGAUUAGGCCGCGCAUGUUGUGAAGACAUUGUUGCCCAGGGUGGCCAUGUCGCUGUGCUUGACCAAAAUGAGGAAAACGGUCAGGAAUUCAUCAAGACACUCGGAUCCGCUGCGCGAUUCUUUGUCUGCGAUGUCCUCGAGAGCGAGAGCAUCGCAAAAGCUGUCCAGGGCACCGCGGAAUGGGCUAAGCAAUCUGGCAAGACCAUAGGAGGUGCCAUCACUGCUGCCGGUGUUGCUCUUCCUGCCCCUAUUGUCAACCGCCAUGGCGAACCCUUUAGCAUCGACGAUUUUGAUUUCGUCGUUGGAGUCAACUUGCGUGGCACCAUUGACCUCGCCCGUCAGACCUGCGCAGCCAUGGUCAAGACCAAGCGCGAGUCCCCGGACAGCGAUCAUGGCAUCAUCAUCAUGGUUGCCUCUUCGGCUGCUUUUGACGGCCAAAACGGCCAAGUCUCGUACUCUGCCUCCAAGGGCGCCAUUAGAUCGCUGACUCUUCCCAUGGCCAGAGAUUUGGGUCGUUAUGGCAUCCGUGCCAUGACCAUUGCCCCCAGUCUCUUUGAGACGGGAAUGACGAGUGCCAUGCCGGACAAGGUCCGCAAGAACCUCGAGAAUACUUUUGUAUUUCCCACGAGAUCAGGUCGCGCACCCGAAUUUGCAUCUCUUGUUCGCCAGAUUAUUGAGAAUGAGAUGCUCAAUGGCGAGGUCAUCCGACUGGACGGCGCUUCGCGUAUGCCCAAGAUUUAA